AUGAAUUACCCAGAGGACACUUCGCACAUGACCAAAUGGAUCUUCAAAAGCAAAAAUGAGGUAGACGAAAUAUGCCUAAAAAAGUACAACGACUUUAAGGAGAAAUUUAAAGAUCACAAUGUGAGUAUCCCAAAAUAUGCGGAAAUUGAAAAAACGAAGCUUUACUUCUGUUAUCAACUGACACACUUUUGCGAAAUAAAAAGACUCAAGCCGCAAAUUGUGGAAUGCGCAAUUGUGCUGUACAACAGAUUUUACUUAAAAGAAAUUAUAUUGGAAUAUGACCCACGUAUUUUAAUUUUCACGUGCAUAAUUUUAGCAAUAAAAUUGGAAGGAUAUGGGCGAUUAUACAAAAUGAAUGAUUUUUUUAACGACAUUGACAUAAAUUUGGACAAAGUUCUUGAACAUGAAAAUAUCGUUUGUUCAUCACUAGAUUUUGAAAUAAAUUUUUUGUACACAAAAGAAUGUAUCUUUUACAUAAAAAGUAAAUUCCUAAAUUAUAUAAAUAAAUAUAUAAACAAAGAUAACGAAGUACAGAAUUCAUUUGAAAAUAUUUGCAAUGAAAUUUACGUCAAUACAGUACAGGACUGCAUAAAAAUUAUCGAAAGUUUUUCCAUUACGUUUACGUAUACACCUGCACAAAUAGCCUUGUACUGCUUUGUAAAUAAUAUAAAAAUUAAUUUCAACAUUGUUAAUGCUGAUAAAUUUAUUCUCGAAUUUAUUACCAACAAUAAUCAAAUUCUUUUUCAAAAAUUGAAAAACAAAAUUGAUGAACUCCAUGUAAGGUAUAAGGACCACCUCGAUUUGAGGAACACCUUUGACGAUGAAAACACAACUAGACAGAUCGGAGAAACUUUGGACAUGUGUAUUGAUAUUUACGAAAUUUUAAAAAAAAAAAAAAAUAGCAAAAAGUCCAAGAAGAAAAAGUUAGACAGCGAAGAUUGUGCGCGAAAUGAGCCCGCCAAAAGGGUUGAUAUGAAGUAG